AUGUUUGUUAAAGUUAGUCAGAGCGAGAAGCAGUUUAUACGCGCUACAGCAGAUCUGCCUCAGGAUGAUCUUGUGUCGGUAUGCGUAGAUGUCGUUGAGCAAACCGUAAUCGACACUUCGGAACUUGAAGUUGCAACAGUAGCAUAUAUGAUCAUUUUUGGUUCAACAGCAAAUAACCUUGUCGAUGGCAUGAGCAACGGUGCUGCGUUUGCAGAUUCAUUUUCUAGAGGACUUUCAAUUGGAAUCGCUGUGAUUGCGCAACAACUGCCACAAGAAAUUGGAACGUUGGCAAUUUUGAUUAAAUCUGGCCUUGGGUUAAAACGGACUUUACUGCUUGCGUUGAUCCCCAAUUCAUUUAGCUUCGUCGGUUUCUUUCUUGGUGUAAUGUUAGGCGAGUCAGGAGACACUUAUCAAACAUACAUUUUCUCAGUUUCUUCAGGAAUGUAUUUAUAUAUUUUUUUAGGCACUUUGGUACCAGAAAUCCGUGACUCUGUUAACGAAAUGAUUAGGACGGACUUCAGAGAAAGUGUUAUAACAACGAUCGCACAGACCAUUGGCAUCGCAGUUGGCGUAUCUUUUAUGCUACUGAUGUCUAUUUAUGGCAAACGCAUUUAUGUUUGA